UGUAGAAGUGUGUCGAACUGCUUGGAGAUAUGGAUCCACAGCAGCAGCGAGUGGGAGCUCCUCGGCCUCCUCCUGGAGGAGGAGCAGGUGAUUCCUCCUUCAAUAUUACUGCAAUGAUCGCCUUCCUCUCCAUCGCUGCCAUGAUCUUGGUCCCGUCAUCAUUUUCAGCUACAAGCAAUAGCUUUACGAUUUUACAUCAAGUUCCAGAAGGCCAUGUUGGUGUGUAUUGGAGGGGGGGUGCCCUUCUAAAAACAAUUACUGAUCCAGGUUUUCAUUUGAAGCUGCCAUUGAUAACUCAGUUUGAGCCCAUUCAAGUGACCAUUCAGACAGAUCAGGUUAAGGACAUCCCAUGUGGAACAAAAGGUGGUGUUAUGAUCACUUUUGAUAAAAUAGAGGUCGUUAAUCGUCUUCGUAAGGAUUAUGUGUAUGAGACUUUACUCAACUAUGGGGUACAAUAUGAUCAUACAUGGAUAUAUGAUAAAAUCCAUCAUGAAAUCAAUCAGUUCUGCAGUGUUCAUGCCCUUCAACAAGUUUAUAUAGACAUGUUUGAUCAGAUUGAUGAAAAGAUGAAAGAAAAUCUUCAGGAUGAUUGUACACGUUAUGCCCCAGGUAUUGAAAUUAUCGGUGUGCGUGUCACAAAACCCAAAAUUCCAGAUAGCAUAAGGCGCAAUUUUGAACAGAUGGAAGAGGAACGCACUAAGGUAUUGAUUGCCAUGGAGAAACAACGGGUUGCUGAGAAAGAGGCCGAGACAGCGAAGAAAAUGGCUUUAACAGAGGCAGAAAAGAAUUCCCAGGUUAGCAGGAUUCUCAUGGAGCAGAAGUUGAUGGAGAAGGACAGUGCCAGAAUGCAGCAGGAAAUAGAGAACCAAAUGUACAUAGCCCGGCAGAAGAGCUUGACUGAUGCUGACUUUUACAGAGUGAUUAAAGAGGCAGAAGCAAACAAGUUGAAGCUUACACCUGAGUAUCUUGAGCUGAAAUUUAUUGAAGCUAUAACGAAUAAUUCCAAGAUCUUCUUUGGAGACAAGGUACCAAGCAUGGUAUUUGAUCAGAGAUUGCUCGGAAAUUUUCUGAAUGACAUUCCAAGGAAGGGUAGCUCAGAUAUGUAGGUUUUGAUCAAUUUUAACUUCAUGAUCAGGUAAGAUGACACUUUACAGAUAAUGCUAGACACAGGUAGGGGAAAGGGGUAAACAGAAGGACAAUCUGUUUCUUUCAGAAUACAUUUCAUGUGUUUUUGUCACUUUUAUAUGGUGCAUCUUGAGCUACUAGAUGUAAGGGAUUGUAAAUUCCAACUCUUC